UGUCCCCCCGUGUUCCCCGUGUUCCCCGUGUCCCCCGUGUCUCCCCGCAGCCGCAUCGCCUGUUACGUCACCGUCUUCCAGAACAUCUCCAACCUCCGCGACGUUUUCUACAAGGAGAUGAGCAAGCUGAACCGGGAUCUGUACGAGGUGAUGAGCAAACUGGAGAAGCAGCACUCGAGCAAGGUGUUCAUCGUCAAAGGUGUCCCCAGCAACCGCCGCUCCCUGAUCAUCUCCCCCCCCCUGAGCCCCCCGCCCAUGUUCCCCUGCCCGGACAAGGCGCCCGCGGGGACAGGGGGGUCCCCCGGGGGGGGUGACACCGCUGCCAUCGAUGGUGGCACCGCCAACGGGGACCUGGGGGCCGUGUCCCCCGGGCCGCCCCCGGCUUCACCCGCCAGCGCGGGGUCCCUGGACACGGCGUCGGUGUCCAGCGAGGACCCCCCGGACACCGCCCAAGGCGAGGGGACAUCGGUGACCCCCGACCCCUCCGGCCCCGAGGGCAUCGCCGCCUCCUUGGUGUCGCUGAUUCUGUCCGAGGCCGUCGCUCGGGCCGCCGGCAGCGCGUCACCGGAGCCGGGGACAACCGCGGCCACCGCGGGGGACGGCGGGGCCACCAGCGGGGAGGGCCGGAUGGCCCCAAGCCCGGAUGGCCCCCGCGAUGUCCCGCGGCGUCCCCGGGAUUCGGGACAGCCCGGCGCGGACGGGGGACAGCGCGGGGACAGCGCGGAGGCGGCGGACGCGGAGCCGCGG